AUGCAGUCGGAGAAGUGGCUGUACAAGGGCACGACCGACUGUUUCACCAAGAUCGUCAAGGAGGAAGGCGGCGCCGCUCUUUUCAAGGGCGCCGGGGCCAACGCGCUCCGCACCGUCGGGUCCGCCCUGGUGCUGGUCAUGUACGACCAGAUGAAGACGAUCCUGAACCUCCACUAA